AUGAAACUUUUGCUCAUCCUCUUCCUUACAACAAUCUUUGUUUGUUCAGCUACCAAAGAAGACCCUAAGGCUCCUCAAAAAUUUGUAAAGGAGGCGAACCUGACAGCAGAUAUUGAAGAAUUUCUGAAGAACAAGAAUCUUGCAGUUGUGCUCUACAGAAACUCUGUCAAGAAAGGUAAUGAAAAGAAGGACAAAAGCGCCCUAGAUUUGGAGAUGGCUAACUUGUUGAAGGAGGAAAGUGCAGAAGUCGAGAAUGUCGAUGAUAACCUCGGCUGGUUUAACAAGUUAAAGAUCCUUCUUAAGAACCCUUCUGAUAUUUUCAAACCUAAGGAUGAGAAAAUUACUUACAAGCAAGAGAAAACUGUUGCAGAGAAAAUUAUGUCAAGAAUGGAGAAGUACCAAAUUCCACUAAUUGCAGUUGAUGCUAAAGAUGAAGAAUUCUCGGGAAUUGUUGCUAAGAACGAAAUCAAGACUCUCCCUCUCGUAAUGAUGUACAAAGACUCUGAAUUAGUCUUAAGAGAAGUUCCUUCCCUUGCAACAGUCGAGAAGAUCUACAGAGCUGCAUUUGGAAUUAGAAGAGAAGAUGCUGAAGAUUUUGAUGAUAAUGGUCUUUAUUUCUAG